AUGAAAAAAUAUCUGGUGCUACUCUGUUUUCUCAUUUUUUCCGCUGGUCGUUUAUCGGUCAAGGCGGUAGGAAAAAAAGAUUUAAGGAGGAGCUUAAAAGGAGGGAACCGAAAUAAUGAAGAUCACCAGAAGAGGAAGAACCUACUCAACUUUGAAAUUAUGCGAGACAAAAGCAGCGUGUCAAACAUAGAACUAAAUUCAUCCACGCUUUUUAACAUAUUAGCAUCAACGAGGUUAAUGCAAAAUACAGGGGGCGCCCCACCACCACCAGUUUACAGAUACGUACACAAUAUUCACGACCACAAUGAAAACAAUGGCGCUGUCUUGGUUUUCGUUCUCUUUGGUAUAUUAAUUUUUGCGGUUUUGUUUUUUAUCUUUUAUUUCAUUUUCAGACAUCAUGUAAAGCAUAUAAAAUUUAUGAACAGCAUGUGAUGAUUUUUUCGCUAGCUGGUAUAUUUUUUUUUUUUUUUUUUCUUCGUUUUUAAUUUAUAAUUAGCUAGCCAGUUAGCCGUUUUUAAGGUUUGUCAUCCUGCGCAGGAGUGUGCAAAAGUGAAAAAGCACACAUAUGUAUAUGUUCAUGGGGGUACACACACCUCGUCCGAUGGACUAUCCCCAUGGUGCCACCAUUCCAUUUCUUGUGCUUAACUGCAAAACAGCUAUUGUUAGAGGGGCACAAAAUUAGUUGCACGGGAAUAUGUAUGCACACACGAAUUGCAUAUAAGUAAAACUAACGACAAGAACACAGGAAUUAAAAAGAACGAUAAAAAAAAAAGUCUUUUGAGUUUGUUAUUACGUGUAU